GAGAGAGAGAGAGAAAAGAGGAAAAGGGGGGGUCAUAGCUACCGACUGACAGGCGAGUCCUCGUGACGCUGGACCCAAGACCACCUUUGCAGUCCUCGUGGUGUGCGUCAAUAGAUCCGUCGUCCGCCGGGGAGGCCUCAGAGUGUGAGUCUCAGGGGGAAGCUUUUAUAGUCAUUUCAGAAGCGGGGGGCACCCGGCCAAUGCAGGCAGAAGUGGGGGGCACCCAGCCAACAUGGGGGGAGCACCCAAGAGUCACUGUGAGGAGGCCCGUUGCUCUGAGAAUCAGGUGCAACCAUUCAGAUCAGGCAGGUUUGGGACAAGCAGGUCUGGGCUCUGCAGCAGGUACAGCACAGUCAGUCAGAGCAAACACGGCCUCUGCAAACACGGCCCAGGAACCGUGACAGUGUCCAUUGUUCAUGCAUGGGUUUCUGAGGAGGGCGUCUCGGUCCCAUGGGUGCACCUGCAGGGAGAAACUUGUGUCCUGCCUCGGUCAGGCCAGAACUCCUGUGCUGUGGCCCAGGGUCCCUGGGGUCUCAGCUUCUGACAGUCGUGAGGCAGAUGAGGGACCUUUCGAUCGACUCUUACAGUUGGACAUUAGGAGGAAUUUCUUCACAGAAAGGGUGAUUAGACAUUGGAACAGGAUGCCCAGGGAGGUGGUGGAGUCAGUGUCCCUGGAGGUAUUUAAGGAAAGACUGAAUGUGGCACUCAGUGCCCUGGUCUGGUUGACAAGGUGGUGUUGGGCCAUCAGUUGGACUUGUUAGAAAUGAGACGCUUGACACGGCCAAUAUAUCAAGCAGCAAUUCAAUUUAAUAAUUGAUUAAUUAGCAUGGUAAAGUAUGAGCAAAGGCAGCGCUGGGUACAGUGGAAGGAUUUUCCCUUCUGACUGCACAUCAAUUGCUGGACUUGCUGGUAUUUUAUUGGCUAUAUUCAUACAUAUUCAUAAGCUUUUCUCAGAAGUUUCUAUUUCAAAUUUUUAAUGUCACUAUUCAAUACCUAGAAAUCGUAAAUCUAUGAUGGUGAUGUUUGGUUCCUGUUUGAUUUCUAUACUCUAUUGUGAUCCAUUUUAGAUUUCAAUAUUCUAGGAUGUACAUCCAGGAUAUGUAUCCCAGGUGGCGGGGUCCAGCUUCCAGAUGUGGGGUCCAGCUUCUGUUUUCCAGGUCUAUCAAUCUUUUGAUAGUGAUGUCCAGUUUCCCUUUUUCAAGAACCAUAAAUCAGCGAGCUGAAAUCUUUCUUCCGUAUCCAGGAUGUUUUUCACCAUUCUGUGAGAAAGCCUUUUUACAUUCUAAAACUACAGUUUAAAAUUCUUUAAUACAAAGCAAGCUUCUAAAGUUAUAAUUAAAAGACUCUUAUUACAGAAUAGCUUGAGAUUUAAAAUAGGUAGUUGCAAGCAAAGUUUGUUCAAAAACCUUCUUCCAUGCUUUCCUCAGUUAUUUAUUAGAAGUCAUCUUUAUAACUGUCCCAUGGCCAUGUUCUACAAUUACAAUUACACAGAUUCUCUUUAUUUACCUGACACGAAACACAACUUUGUAUUUCAGACUCAAUCUCAGAGACACUUUCCAGGCUAAUUGAUUCUGUGAUCCCUCCUUUCAGAUAAUACUUAUUUUUUUAAUCUGAGUGGUAGGAAAUAUUGCAGGGUUUAUGUAUUUUCAGUUUUGCCACAAUGAAUUUGGUGCCAUCCUGCCUUGAUCCAGGUACACUGAGGUGCCCUGUCAGUGUGUGAUGCCCAGAUCCAGGCACUGCCUGUGGGAGAUGGCUAUCACCUGAGCCGGGAAAGGAUCACACGUGGGGGGCUGGGGAUUUAGUGCUUGAGUGAAACCUCUGGAGACCAGGAACGGGGGCGAUUAUGUCACCGGGUGAGCAGCUGAGAGGCUUCGCUCGACUCCCCGGGACUAGCACACAGCUCCUGCACACUCACCUCAGCCCCGCGGGGGUGCCCAGCCAUCGAGGGCUGCGCGGGCCGAGGUGAGGCAGCAGUGCGGUGACUCAGCCGCGGAUAGUGGGAGGUACUAGGGGUACACGGCGGGAUUGGGACCAGGAGUGACCGUGAGGGGCCGGGCGGGGCGGCCCCUGGAGCGUAGGGCGGGGGACCCCGCAGAGGGGCGGGCGCUGUGUGUAUGACAGGUGCGGCGCGCGCGCGCCCGCCGUCACCCCACGCCCCCCCUCCUUUCCCUCCCCCCACUCCGCGCGCGACCAUGAAUAUGCAAAUGUUGGUAUAAUUGCCAGCCAAUGGCGUGCGCGCUGGUCACAUGGUGCUGGUGGAGGCUCAGGGAAGAGAAGUUGAGUCCGGGCGAGUUCGGGCAGCGCCACCACAGCCAAGCGAGCCGCGGACGAGCGCCGCGCCUCCUCCGCAGGGAGCCCGCCGGCCGGGGCUCUACCUGGACCAUGCCGAUCCUCCUCUUCCUCAUAGACACGUCCGCCUCCAUGAACCAGCGGGCGUACCUGGGCACCAGCUACCUGGAUAUCGCCAAGGGCGCCGUAGAGAUCUUCAUGAAGGUGAGUGCGCGGUGCCGGGGGAGCCGCAGCCCCCUUCGCCCCCUUCGCCCCGCUCACGCCGCUUCUCUCCGCUCUCUCCGCAGCUGCGGGCCCGAGACCCGGCCAGCCGCGGCGACAGGUACAUGCUGGUUACGUUCGACGAGCCGCCCUACUGCAUCAAGGCUGGAUGGAAGGAAAACCAUGCAACAUUCAUGAAUGAACUGAAAAACCUUCAGGCUUCAGGACUAACAACCCUUGGUCAGGCACUCAGGUCAUCGUUUGACUUGUUAAAUCUCAAUAGAUUAGUGUCUGGAAUAGACAAUUAUGGACAGGGAAGGAAUCCAUUCUUUUUGGAGCCAUCUAUUUUGAUUACCAUCACAGACGGAAACAAACUGACAAAUACAGCUGGAGUCCAAGAGGAGCUUCAUCUUCCAUUGAAUUCUCCUUUGCCUGGAAGUGAGCUAACCAAAGAACCAUUCCGUUGGGAUCAAAGGCUGUUUGCUCUGGUACUGCGUUUGCCAGGAGCUGCAUCUGCUGAACCAGAGCAGCUUGGGAGUGUGCCUACUGAUGAAUCUGCUAUCACACAGAUGUGUGAGGUUACAGGAGGUCGUUCAUACUGUGUUCGGACACAAAGAAUGUUGAAUCAGUGUUUAGAAUCUUUAGUUCAAAAAGUCCAAAGUGGAGUUGUUAUUAACUUUGAGAAGUCAGGACCAGAUCCAGCUCCUAUUGGAGAAGAUGGACUUGUUGAUUCAUCCAGGCCCAUCAAUUCAUAUGCUUCUCAGCCGUGGCAUAGUUGUCAUAAACUCAUUUAUGUACGGCCUAACCCUAAAACGGGUGUUCCUGUGGGGCAUUGGCCAAUCCCAGAAUCUUUUUGGCCUGAUCAGAAUUCACCAACACUGCCUCCACGAACAGCUCACCCUGUGGUGAGGUUCUCCUGUGUGGAUUGCGAGCCCAUGGUCAUAGACAAGCUUCCUUUUGACAAGUACGAGCUUGAGCCUUCACCCCUCACCCAGUACAUCUUGGAACGAAAGUCUCCCCAUACCUGCUGGCAGGUAUUUGUGAGUAGCAGUGGAAAAUACAGCGAACUUGGCCACCCAUUUGGGUAUUUAAAAGCAAGCACUGCUUUAACCUGUGUAAACCUCUUUGUGAUGCCUUACAACUACCCUGUUUUACUUCCAUUGUUAGAUGACUUGUUUAAGGUUCACAAACUUAAGCCAAAUCUGAAGUGGCGACAGGCUUUUGACAACUACUUAAAAACAAUGCCUCCUUACUACUUACUGCCAUUAAAGAAAGCCCUAAGGAUGAUGGGAGCUCCAAAUCUGAUAUCAGAUAAUUUAGAUUGUGGACUUAGUUACAGUGUUAUCUCUUACCUUAAAAAACUCAGCCAACAGACAAAAAUAGAAUCAGAACGGAUAAUAGGUUCAGUGGGUAAGAAAGUUCCACAAGAAAUUGGAAUAAAAGUGAAAAAUCACUCCAGUGGCCUCUCCUUGGUACACAGUAGAGAUUUUAAACAACUGCUGCAAGGGAUCGCUGGGGAAUUUCCUCUGAGACUGUCAGAAAUGAAUGUUAAAGAAUUUGCUGGAUUCCACAUAGGACUUUUAAACAAGGAUUUGAAGCCACAGGCAUUCAGAAAUGCGUAUGAUAUUCCUCGUCACAGUCUUCUAGACCAGCUAACUAGAAUGAGAACCAAUCUUCUGAAAACACACAGGCUUAUCUUGGGACAGGAUGAAGACUGCCUUCAUAGUGUUCCUGUUGCUCAGAUGGGAAAUUACCAGGAAUACCUGAAAAUGAUGCCUUCACCUCUUCGGGAAAUUGACCCAGAUCAACCAAAAAGACUCCAUACAUUUGGCAAUCCAUUUAAACAGGACAAGAAGGGUAUGAUGAUAGAUGAAGCCGACGAGUUUGUGGCUGGGCCCCAGAACAAGAUCAAGCGCCCUGGGGAGUCAAACGCACCGGUGUCGCUGAAGAGGCGACGCAGCAUGUUAUCCCUGCUGCGGCGGCCGCAGUCACCGCCCGUCGUCACCAACCACAUGGGUGGCAAGGGGCCACCUGCUGCUCCUGGCUCCCCCUCCUACCUGAGCCUCAAGGAUGUCCCAGCAAAUAAAGAUACCAGUAACAGUGUUGUCCAAGAUGGCAAUGAAGAGAAGAAAACAGAAAAUUGUCAGUCAAUGGAGAAGCAAAUUGAUGACUUACCUGUGCAAAUGGCUCCUGUGGUUCCAGCUGCUGUGGGAGAGGAUGAGAUGUUACUCAAUGACUUAGACUCCUUACCUGUUGAAUUCAGUUGUUUAAGUGAAGAUGGGUUGGAUCAUAAACCUAGUACCAAUCCACUUGUUCGAGGGCCUCUGAAUUACAGUGUGAGUGGAAAUGACCAGAAGCGGGCCAUGGAGUCUACUUCUGAAUCUGUGCCAAAUUCCUUUAAAAUAACACCUACCAUGUUGGAGGGAAACAAUGCUGACAUCAAAAUUAAAGUGAUGAAAGAGGUUCGCAAGCCUGGAAGAAAUUAUGAAAAAAUAUUUUCUCUUCUUGAGGAGGUGCAAGGACCUAUGGAAAUUCAGAAGUAUUUCAUUGAAUUUGCUAUCAAGGAAGCAGCAAGGUUUAAAAAACGGGUCUUAAUACAACACCUAGAGAGAAUACUAGAGGAACUAGAUUUCACCAGCCCACCCAACAGAGUUAAUCAUGUCAACAGUAGAUAAUAAUGUUCCGGCCAGAUGAAUGCAGACGAGGAAUGAGUUUGCUGUGCCACAGAAGAGUGGAAGAGGAUGUAGCUGCUGCCCUCACCAUCUUGGCAGUCAAGUGAUUUUACUGUCACAGCCUGAGAAGAAGCAGUGGAGCUUUAACUUUAAGAGCCUGAUUUGGCAGCAGCUGAGCUAUAACUUUAAAGAUUUGCAAUGAAAGGUGUGGCUUUUUCCUGUGGAGGGUGCUCUUUGCUCAACAGGCAGAAGAAAAUAACCAUUGCUGCCCCUCCUGCAGGUGAUGAGAAUUUACUCAUUUGAACAUUGUCAUUAGACAUUUACGUGCUAUAGGCAGCAAGUUGUACUAAAAUGGGGCACUGUCAAAUGCACACACUGUCUGCAUCGUGGAGAGAGCCCGUGUGUUCCCAAAAAAACCCUCCCAGAAACACCUGCACUGGUAAAAUUGCAUGUUGCCACCACAGAGACAAGGGUCUUGUUCCCAAGAACUGCUAGCCAUGCCUUUAAACUUGAGAUUCAGUGUAGAUUGAGAGUAAAGAAACUGCUAUUGUGUUAUUGAAAGCUAAAGACAACCCUGUGACUUACCACCUGAUGGUCACUAAACAAUCUACCUCAGACUCUCUUCUGUUUUGUCUGCAGACAUUAUGAAAGUGCACCUGAGGCUUCCCAGGUCCCCGACUUCAGUUCUCUUUCAUCCUGUGAGGAGGACGGAGAUUCUUCAGGUGGCCUUGGCACACGCAGUGCUUUGGAAGCACUAAAAGGAAACGCUUUUAAAAACGUGUAUUUUAUUGUUCAUACAAAAGAGAUUAUUUUGAACAGUAUUGUUACCAGAUCACUAAUUUGAUAUUUUAACUGUAUAAAUUUUUUGGAACAUAUGUAUAUAUAAAAUAAACCAUUUUAUUAAUUUUUGAGAA